GGCCCACAAACCAAAAAAGACAACUACUAUGUACAGCUAGCCAAAGAAACAAAACGAGUUUUCUGUUCUUCUUACUGGAUUCUUACCCAGCGUUUUCUGCUCACCGCCUUUUGGGUGGUGACUAUGAAAUUGAACCAUGCCGCCGGUUGCGGCUGGUUCUUCUCUACAUGCCAGCCAGCAGCUUUAAGUUGACCAGGCCAAGGAGGAAGUUAUCCCGCAAUUAUCCGGAGGCAACGCCCGGCGAUCCCAGGCAGCGUGAUUUCAAGAUUCGUUGGUUAGUGCGAUCCAAGGCUGCUUGUGGGAACGGCUCGCCAAGUUCGAAUCUCUCAAGCAUCUGAGUUUGAGAUCGUUGUCAUCGAGUUGUCGAUAGCCUAAGUAUUCAAGAUAUUUGUAGGCCCCUGACACCCAACAAAAUUCCAAAAGUGAUUUCUGGCCGAUUGAGAGGUCGCAAUGCCUACCCUGAAACUGCGAAUAGGACUGCCCUCGAGGCGAACGAUGGGCAGCAUCUGCAUCUGCGGAGCACUGGCCUCCAUCUCGGGCCUGGCCUACAUGCGCUGGAGUCUCGAGGAUCGGGUGCGUCACACCGAGUACUACCAGCUGGCCAUCCAGCAACUCCGCCAGCACAGCGGAGCUGUGGGCCUGCUGGGCGAGCCCAUCAGGGAGUCCGGGUUCAGUCAGUCCAACGAGAAGAACCGCUGCGACGCGGACCAGGCCCAGCUGCAGGUGGCCGUGCAGGGUCCCAAGGACAAGGGCACCGUCUACUUCUGGGCCACGAAGAGCCAGAACCAGGGCUGGCUGAUCGACCGCCUGGAGCUCGAGACAAAGCAGCACCCGAACACUCGAUUCCUGCUCAAGAAGCCCCAGAACUAUGCCCUGCUCAGCAACGAAGGGGAUCCGGACCCCCAGGUCUCUGCUGAGGGCCCUGAUGAGUCCCAGCAGUCGCAUGGGACACCCGAGCAGCAGGAGCAGGCGGGUGACGAGGAGCAGGAGCAGGAGCAGGAGCAGGAGCAGGCAGUCCAAGCCCAUCCCAGUAUUCAGAAUAAUCCCCCGCAGCAACUGCGCCAGCGGCAGGGCCAGGAGCCGCCUCCUUUUGUUCACACAGCAGAGGGCGGACGAAUGCAGUAGCAAGUCAGAAUAACUCUUACCUUUUGCCAACUAACAAAUGUUUUCCUAUUAAUCGGUUGGUUAAGUUGGAAAUCGUUUUCACCUCAAAACAAACUGUACUCAAUAGUUGUUUAAGAGUGAUAUCAGUCUUUGCAUAAAAGCGGAAGUUUUUCUUUGGAAAUAUGAAUUCUAAAAUAAGCCGCAUCUCACAAAAACUAUGAAACUGUGAGGUAGCGAAUAAAAUUUCGACGAAAGGUAUUAAAUUUAGAUAUUUAAUACCUGUGUUCUAGACAUUUUAA